AUGUUCUGGACUACAUUCAUGCAUCGUAGCAUAUAUAUUUUUUAUUUCCUAAAUCCAAGUCGAAUCAUCCACAGAGACUUAAAACCUGAGAAUAUUUUGCUCACUUCCAUUCCAAACACGCCUCUCACAGAUUCGGAGCGUAAUUCUUUCUAUUCCCCCUCUCGAAUGUACGCAAUGACUCAGAUCGGAACACCCUAUUAUCUUGCUCCAGAAAUAUGCCAAAACCGACUAUAUACAAAUAAAGUGGACAUAUGGUCUCUAGGUUGCAUUAUAUUCGAAUUAAUGACCGGAAACCCUCCGUUUUCUGGUGCAAGUAUCAGCGAACUCUUUCAGAAUAUCCAGUUUUCACCCAUUCCCUCUCUUCCUUCACGUUUUCCCUCCGUGCUUACUCGUCUUGUACGUCAGUUGCUCAGCGUAGAUUCAAACUUACGCAUUAAUUUCACAGAAGGAACCAAACAAACGACCCUCGGCCUUUGA